AUGCCUUAUAAACAAGAAGAUACAAUUUAUCAGCUAACAAAAACUAAUAAAAAUUCUACUUAAAGGUAAAGAAGUGUACAAGAAGAACGUUAUGAUAAUUACAUUGAAAAUGAUGUUGAAUCUUUUGUUGCUUACUAAGAUGAAUUAGGUAAAACUUAAGAAAGUAAAGUAUUCAGCAAAUAUCAUAGAUAAGAUGGAAAUGAUAACUCACAUAUUUAUAAUGAUGAUGCUUCGAUAUCACCAAAUAUAAGUUGUGUUUAAUCAUUUAAAUAAUCUAAAAAAUAAAAAUAAAGUGAUUAAUAAGAUGAUAAAUCUGUUUUAAGUUAAACUUAUAAUUCAAAUUGCAACUCAAACGAAAUGAAUGAAGCCAUUAAAAUAAAAUUUCCUUCAUAAAAAGAACACAACAAGAGCGAUUUUAUAUUUUCUCCAAAUCUCCCUCAAGCAGACAGUCCUAUUACACUGUAACAAAGCAACAGCAUAAAUGCAGCAAGCUUUAGAAAAUGUGAUGACACUGAACUCGAGAGAGACUCAGCUGGAUUCAUUGGAGCAUGGAAAAAAAAACCAUUAAUAAUAAUAACAUAAGUUUACUUUGAUUUUAUUUUUUUAGGAACAGCAACUAUUUAAGAACAGUAUAUUACAUCAAUUUAUUGGGCAGUUAUAACUAUGAUAACAUUGGGUUAUGGAGAUUACGUACCCAAAACUAGUUAUGAAAGAGUUUUUGUAAUUUUUAUCACUCUUAUUAGUUGUGGUGUGUUUGCUUACAGUAUAAAUCAAAUAGGUACUAUUGUAACCAAUAUAACAAAGAAAAAAUCUUAGUUUUAGUAAAAAAUGGCAUAAAUUAGUGGCUAUUUAAAUGAAAGAGGUAUUAAAAAUAACAUGAUAAUGAAAAUCAAAGAAAACUUUGCUUAUUUGCAGAGAGAAACAGAAAAAGAUAUGGAAGUUCACAAUAUUAUUUAGACUUAGUUAUGUAAAUCUUUAAGAAAAGAAGUAUUUAGAGAAAUGUAUAUUUAGAUCCUAAAAGGGUGUAAAGCUUUCAAUCUUAAUUAUAGUGAAUAGUUUUUGCUAAAUUUGGCGCCUUUACUCAAAGAAAAAAAAUUUUCUCCUGAAGAAAUAAUUUAUGAAUAAGACAACCCAAAUUUAAAUCUGUAUUUUAUAGUCAAGGGAGAGGUUUAACUCUUUUUGGAUAUGGGUGGGAAAAAAAGAUAAAUUAAAAUACUAUCAAAAAAUGAUGUAUUUGGAGAAUAACCUUUCUUUAGUUAAGCAACUUCUAAUCAUUCAGCCUCUUCAGUUAAUGUAGUUAAAGUAGUUUAUGUCAACUUAUAGGACUUUUUAAGUGUCAUCAAGUCCUAUUAAAAAGAUUUUGAAACAUAUUGCAUGAUGAAAGAUAAGCUAAAUUUAUAUUCUACUUCGAAAAGAUUAGGUUUAAAAUGCUAUAGCUGUGGCUAGUUUUAGCAUCUUAUAAAAGACUGCCCUUUCGUAAAUUACAUUCCAAAUAAGGAUAAAAUUCUAAUCAACUACAAAGCUGAAACAAUAUAAGAAAGGAAUUCAUAAAAUCAAGAAUUUAGAAAAAAAAUAAUGAAACAUGAUAAAGCUACAUAAAUUUAAAAAUAAAUUCAAGAAGAAAUUGUUAAUUUUUUGAUAGAAAAAAAUCUAUAUGAAAAUUUAAAUGAGUUGUUACAAAUACUCAAAAAUCAGGAAAUUGUAUUUGAUCAAAAAAAUGAAGAUAAAGAAUAAAAGACUUAGUCUUCUCAUAAAUCUCUUUAGGUAUUAUAUCCAAAAAUGAAUAAUGAAUUUGGAACAGAAAAUAUUAUUUAGGAAAAUAACUCUCCAAAUAAACCUCAUAUUUCACCUACUAUACAGGGAUCUUAAUAUGUAAUAUAGUAAUAGUAGUAGAGAAAAAUUAAAAGGACAUAAACUUCUCAAAUUGGUAGAUCAGAUUCUUUGGCUUUCUUAGGAGCCUCUUCAUCAAAAUUACUCUCUGAUUAUAUUCGUUACCCUACUUUAGAAAAAGGAGAAAGUAGAAAAAGCAAUAAACACACUUCAUUUCUUAAUAGUUAGAUGUUAAGAGAAUCAAGCAGAAAAAUAAUUUUAGAAGAAAUAAAGGAAAGUUAAAAAUUGAUAUAAUUAAGUGUAUAAUCUAACCAAAAUAGCUAAAAUACAAAUAGUAAUAUUUCAAAUAGCAUAUUAAAUAAUCAAUCUUUAUAAAGUCCUUAUAACAGCAAUAUAUAAUAUAACUAAUAAUCUUAAUAGUUAACCUUUACUCAACAGAGUUAAAAUAACUCAAUAUAUGCUUAUGGACCAAACUCAAAUAGUAUUUCUGUUAAUAAUUCCUAAAGCUAUAAUCAAAUAUAGUUCUAACCAUAGCUUGAUUAAAUAAAUAAAAAUGUUUAAAAUGACAGCAAAUAAAAAAAUGACUCUUAAUCGAUUAAAAAUUAUAAAAAAAUAUCCAGCAUCACAUCUUUGAGUCAAAAAAACAAGUAACAAAACAGUUUUUAAAACGAAAAAAUAAAAUAAAAAGAAAAAAAAGAAGAUCAAAUGCUAAAAGCAGUUAAUUAACUAAGCUAGAUAUCAAAUCCUUUUAACGUUUAAAGCCUACUGUAUAAUUAAGCGAUUUAAUUAACUUAAUGGUCUAGCUUAGAGCUAAAUAAUUUUGAAAAAAUGAAUAUCUAUUAAGUUUUUUUCCCACAUAAUAACUACUCGAUUACAAUAGAAAACUAUAACUAUUAUAUAAAAAAGUACAAGUUUUUAUAAAGAAUGAACAGCUCUGUAAUAAAAAAAGAAAAAAUUAAAUAACUAAGAUUAUCUAUCUUUUUAAGCAAAGGAAAUUAGAAGUUAUUAACUCAAAAUUCUUAAAAAACUAGAACAAAGAGCAAAAGCUAAUAUUAUUCAAAAAAUAACUGA